UGCACUCAUGCUACUACAGGAGCUUCUCUCAGCAAUAAGCCACCCAUCUGCCAUCAACAAGUUAAGACUAAAAGAACCCACAGCCGCGGAAAAAGAACGUGAGCUUCAAUUAAAUCACUGAGCAGUCACAGGAGAAGGAAAAAAACAACAACUUAUAUUCAGCAUUGAUUCCACAGUUACAGACCUGUCACAUGAAAUCAAGCCAACGAGUAUUUUGAGAGAGCAUGGUGGAUUCUGUCUUACACUAAUAUCGAAGGACACUAGAAAACAGUAAAUUAUUCAAAGGCUGUCUUACAUUGGAGCCUUUUACAGACUCACUGCGUUGAGUCUAAAACUACGACUGAAUGCAACCUCCAAUGUACUCAAAAGAAUGGUUAUCCUCUCUGCAUCCUGAGUUGUUUUAUGGACUUCGCAAACUGCAAACCUUGCAUUUACGUUCCAACUCCCUGCGGACUAUCCCAGUCCGCCUUUUCUGGGACUGUCGUAGUCUGGAGUUUCUGGAUUUGAGCACAAAUCGCUUGCGAAGUUUGGCUCGGAAUGGAUUUGCAGGAUUAAUCAAACUGAGGGAGCUUCACCUAGAGCACAACCAGCUGACAAAGAUUAAUUUUGCUCAUUUCCUACGGCUAAGCAGUCUGCACGCGCUCUUCUUGCAGUGGAACAAAAUUAGCAACUUGACAUGUGGGAUGGAGUGGACCUGGGGUACCCUAGAAAAGCUAGAUUUGACUGGAAAUGAAAUCAAAGCCAUUGAUUUGACAGUUUUUGAAACUAUGCCUAAUCUUAAAAUACUCCUAAUGGAUAACAACAAGCUAACCACUCUGGAUUCCAAGAUCUUAAAUUCACUCACAUCCAUAACUACAGUGGGCCUCUCCAGCAAUCUGUGGGAAUGCAGUCCAAAGAUAUGUGAAUUAGCCACAUGGCUGAGUGGUUUUCAAGGUCGGUGGGAGCACUCCAUACUGUGCCACAGCCCAGACCACACCCAAGGAGAGGAUAUUCUAGAUGCAGUUUACGGUUUUCAGCUUUGCUGGAAUUUAUCAACUAUUGUUACAUCCAUGGUUACAACUUACAGAUCUCCAACUACUGAGUAUACAAAAAAAAUAAGCUCGUCGAAUUUCCAUAUGGGAGACAAAGAAAUUCCAACUACUGCAGGCAUAGUCGUUACUACUGAAGAACAUUUCACUGAACCAAACAAUGCCAUCUUCACUCAACGGGUAAUUACAGGAACAAUGGCUUUAUUAUUUUCUUUCUUUUUUAUCAUUUUUAUAGUGUUCAUCUCCAGAAAAUGCUGCCCUCCCACAUUAAGAAGAAUUAGGCAGUGUUCAAUGAUUCAAAAUCACAGGCAACUCCGAUCCCAAACACGGUUACAUAUGUCAAACAUUUCAGACCAAGGACCAUAUAACGAAUACGAAGCCACCCAUGAAGGACCUUUCAUCAUCAUUAAUGGCUAUGGACAGUGCAAGUGUCAGCAGCUGCCAUAUAAAGAAUGUGAAGUAUAAUAUCUACAAAUCAUCAAAAAUUAAACCAGAUAAGUAACCUAUUUUAAAAUUGAUGGGGACCUACAUAUAUGAUUCUAAUUUUUACAAAUGUUGACAUAAACCCUAAUUUUCCAAAACUAUUUAAUGGAAGCAUUGUUUCUGAAGUGGUGCAGUAUUUUAAAAGUUUUGUUGUUUUUUUUAAAUAAAACCAUAUUUUCAGUGUUAAAGCAAUGAUUACAUUAAAUUUGCACUCAAUGUUUGAAAGUAAAAAAGAUGCUCACCUCAAAACAUGUAAAAUGUUUCAUGUUAUGUAAUUAUAUGACUGUGUAAACAUUUAUACUUAAGUCUCCAUAGUCUACUUUUUCUAAUGAA